GCAGCUAUCUUUCUCCUUUUGGCUGAACAUGUUCUCUCUCCUUUCCCUUUUCAUGCAUCACUCUUUCUUCCUCUUUCUUCAUUGCAUAAAACAGUUCAGGGAAAACAUGUAUGUGAAGAAUAUCAGGACCAAUAUCUCUAUCUGGUGCUGUUGAAAGCUGGAAAAGCUUUCUUUAUUGAAUAUGUGGUUUAAGAAUGUUUUGGGAAAAGCAGAUGGUAAUUAAACAAAUCACAUUUUAUUCCUCUCACUUUAAAUAGAGGUUGAAGAAUGAUUGGUUCUCAAGAGAGUCCAAGUAUGUUCAAUGUUUGACCAGUAGAGGGAAGUGUUACUUAGGAGAAAUACCGGCGAAAUUGACCCUUUGCUGUUGGAGAGAAUAGUAACAGCAUAUACUGUCCCAAUGGUUCCUUUAACUAGCAAAGGUAUCAUCCAUGUGAGAUAGUUUCUGUUUUUAUAUACAACUUAUAUUUAUUAAGCUUAACUGUAAUAAUAUAGUCAACCUGCGCUGUGAAGUACCGUACGUUUCUGCUAUCUCUCGGGGUUCCAUAAUAUCUAACGAUUCAUGUCCUUCAUGGUUCAUUGACUGUGGUCCAUCCAAAGAUGGAUACAUUUUUGUCAGAUUAUGGAUUUAUAAUACGGAUUUACGUUUCUACUGAUGUUUAUGCAUUCGAUAAAGCUCUACAGGACAAACGUAUUAGUCUGGAAUAUUUUUUUCUAGACGGUUUCCACAGCGACGUAAUAGAAACAGUGGUUCUGGGAGGGACUGGUACAGUAAGAAAUGAGGAGGAGCUACUAUAUGAGAAAGUUUCCGCAACUGAGUCAUGCAUUUGUAAGUACAGUAGGUCGUAGCGCUCGCAUUUAGUAGUCUAUUUUAGUCGCGUUUUACUGUGUAGGUCCUCUGGCGAAGCCCUUCAUAAGUACCAACUAUGGAUGUACGACAAAAAUAGGUUGUCACAUCCAUUGACAGCCUAAAUCGUUCUGUUAUCAAUGGUCCACUUUAUGGGGAUGUACCCAUAUUGGCAAAGCAUCCACUCCGGAUACAUCGAUGAGAUGUUUGAUGCUGGAACAUGGAAGGUACGCAAUAUUUGGGAUGGGGUAAAACUGGAGGUUGGCGAAGAAGAAAGCCCGGUGGUCCUUAGCAGUUUUACACAUUUGGACCCUGACCUACCGCUAUUUGAGAGCUCGACGCAGGAGAUCGGAGAGGAGGUUGAGGACGGGGCGGUCUUCACCAUCACCCUGAGGAAGGUGCAGUUGCACCAGUCGGCUAGUAAGGGGCAGCGAUGGCUGGGUGUGGAAACGGACUCGGCCCUCAGCCUGUACGAGACCUGCAAAGUACGCACCAUAAAGGCCGGUACGCUGGAGAGGCUGGUGGAAUACAUGGUGUCCGCGUUCAGCGGCAACGACUCCACCUACGUCACCAUCUUCCUCUGCACCUACCGCUCCUUCGCCACCACCGAGCAGGUGCUGGAGCUCCUACUCGACAGGUACGCCAAGCUACAGACUCAGCCGAGGAUAGAUGAACGCAGACCCGCGCUGGAGGACAGCACGGAGCUCCGAAACACCGUGUCCUCCAUCCUGGGGGCGUGGCUGGACCAGUACUCUGAGGACUUCUGGAGCCCUCCACGUUACAGCUGCCUGCACCAUCUGAUGUCCUACCUGCACCGGCACUUCCCCGGCUCCGACCUGGAGCGCCGCGCUCGCAACUUGCUGAUUCUCCUGCAACGCCGGCAGCAGUGCGAGCCCGACCUGGACGUCGAGCACAUUGGCUGUCCAUUCGCCACUCAGGAAGAGAGUGGCUUUGAAGACGAACCUCCCGCCUUGAACUUUCUUUCCUUUGACCCCAUCAUGGUCGCUGAGCAGUUCACACUCAUGGAUGCGGAUCUGUUCAAGAAGGUGGUCCCAUACCACUGCCUGGGGGGCAUCUGGUCCCAGCGGGAUAAAAAGGGGAAGGAACACCUUGCCCCCACCAUUCGGGCCACUGUGGCCCAGUUCAACUGUGUCACCAACUGUGUCAUCACCACCUGCCUAAGCAACCCCUGUCUGAAGCCGACACAACGUUCCCGGCUGGUGGAGCGCUGGAUAGAGGUGGCCAGGGAAUGUCGGAUCCUCAAGAACUUCUCGUCUUUGAGAGCUAUACUGUCAGCCCUGCAGUGUAACUCUAUACACCGUCUCAGGAGGACCUGGGAUGAGGUGUCCAGAGAGAAUUUCCGGACUUUUCGUGAGCUGUCAGAGAUCUUCUCAGAUGACAAUAACUACUCUCUAAGCCGGGAGCUGCUAGUCAAGGAGGGCACGUCUAAAUUCGCCACACUGGAGAUCAACCCUAAACGAGCACAGAGGAGACACCAACAGCAGAGAGACUUGGGAGUGAUGCAGGGGACCAUUCCUUACCUGGGCACCUUCCUCACCGACCUGGUCAUGAUGGACACGGCUAUGAAAGACUACACAGAAAGUGGACUUAUCAACUUUGAAAAGAGACGAAAGGAGUUUGAGGUGAUAGCUCAGAUUAAGCUGCUGCAGCUGGCCUCCAAUAACUACAGCUUCACCCAGGACAGCCUCUUCAGGGAGUGGUUCUCUGGAGUGGAAAGACUAAGUGAGGCGGAGAGCUACGCUCUGUCCUGUGAGAUUGAACCGCUGUCAGAGUCAGCCAGCAACACUCUCAGAGCCAAGAAGAACGGGGGAAUCAUGAAACGCUGGAGCGAUCGCCAGUUAACAGAGGCCAGCUGCAGCGGGGCAGGACACUCAAAGUCAUUUGACCAGUCCAGACCUUGUCAGGCUGGCGACAGUGGAGAUGCCCUCAGUGUCACUUCAGCCGGCUCCAGUGGCUCGGACCUUGAGGAUGUCAACGCUAGCUUCCUUUCUGACUCUCCGGACACCCAAGAGAGGAAGACGUCUACAUCCUUAGUAAAACAUUCCGUCUCUGCUAUGAGGAAAGAGAGCCAGACUUCUGAUUCCAACUCCACGUUUUGGGAAUCCACCUCCUUGUCAUCUCUAGACACCUCAGGGAUGGGUUCCGGUUCGGGCUCCAGCAGCGCCUCGUCCUCCUCGGUGUCCUCCUCCACUGCGCUCCAAGGAGCCUCCCGCUCUCACAAGCGGUCUGUCUCAGCUGUGUCCUGCUGCUCCAACCUCUCUCUGCCUCUCUACAACCAGCAGGUGGAUGACUGCUGCAUCAUCAGAGUCAGCUUAGACGUGGACAACGGAAACAUGUACAAGAGCAUCCUGGUUACUAGUCAGGACAAGACACCAGCAGUCAUUAGGAAGGCCAUGAUAAAACACAACCUGGACCAGGAGAAGACCGAGGACUAUGAGUUGAUGCAGAAAAUAUCUGACGAUAAAGAGCUGCGGAUCCCAGACAAUGCCAACGUUUUCUAUGCCAUGAAUUCUACGGCGAACUAUGACUUUGUGCUGAAGAAACGUGGCCUAUCCAAGACAGGCCGGGCCAAGAGUGUAGCCAGCUCCACGCUGCCGCGAAUGAAACAGAAGGGCCUGAAAAUUGCUAAAGGCAUCUUCUGAGGGCGAGGGUCACAGAUCCCUGUCAACAGUUUGCUGGAUUAAGGCCUUUAAAUUCACCCAAGAUGAAGGAUCUUAGAACUUAUCACGUCUGCAUGCAUCAAAAGCAGGCAGUAAACAGGAGAAGCACUUAACUGUACCAACACAGUUAUGUGUCCAGGUCAGCCCGAAGAGACUGGCGUCUUCGUGGCUCAGGCCUUGAUGAAGGGGAGCUUAUCAAUGUGCUGUUCCUGACCCUGUGUGCCUGAUUUUAUUGUAUCAGUGGUGUUUACAUAUGGAAUAUUCUAGUGUAUAAUGUACAUAUUGCCACAUUGUACACUCUGACUGUGGGGUGGUUAGAGGGUUGAUGCAGAGUGCAUAGAGAACAGGGGUGGCCUGAUUUAUGUCACUGAGGCAGUUUAGUCUCUUGAGGCCUGAUGUGCUUUGUCCUCCGUGAAUAGAUGGGAAAACGCUCCAUUGUCAGGAGUUUUACUGCAGACGCCGCCAUAUUGAAUGUGGGUGAAUGUCUGUGCCCAUUUCAGAGACAACCCAGUGUGAGGUGUGUACACUAUUAAGAGCAGCCCAUAGAUGCAGAUAGUGUAUUAUUGAGUUGCUACCACUACAAGGAGAAAAUAUGUUGCAGUGGGGCUCUGUUUGCCUGGAAGCCUGAACUCCAUGCUCCAGCUGACUGGUGUUCCACACCUGUGGAUGUUGUUUUUAUUCCUGCAAGGAAUCUAGAUAUGAGCAACUCCUAGAGAUCCUGGUUGAAAAAGAAUCUGAUUGGUCACAGAAACUGAUAAAUUCUGAGAACUAUGAGUUGGGCCAUUAUCUAAGACAUGUGGGUAAAUUUGGACAUUUUUAACUGGCUUUGAUUCUCUGAUUGGUUAAAAAUGUUUUGUAAAACACCACUAAUUUGAAAUUCACUAGUUUCUGACAAAUAAGUGGCGAGAAAUGUAAUGAAAAUUUCAGUGGUCAUUAAUGUGCUCGAAAUGCUCAAGAACAACAUUUGAAAAUAUUACACAGGGUUGGUGUGGAAAAAAAGACAGAAAUAGAGAUGUGAUGAGAAUGGGUAAAAAUACCCAUAAGCUAUUAGCAUUAGUUUACAAUGGACCUUUAAGGUUGACAGUGUUAACAUUACAGUUAGGCCUUUUCUCGGUUACUUUUACUUUGCAUUUCAUAGGUCAAAAAUAAACCUCUAUUAUAAGAAAGAUGUUGGUAAGGACAGGCAGGACUUUGAGACCCUCCUAUGACUGUAUAGUGUAUCACAGUAUAAUUCAGGGACACUGAUGAUGGCAUUUUACAUCCGGUUCAUGCUCUCUGUGGGAAAAACAAUGGUUUACAUUCCAGUACUAACAGUGGGAAUUGGCGGUAUCGUAUAUAAUUUCAGACUGCCUGAUGCCUGUCCCACGCAUGCAAGAGGAGGUUACAGUCUUUGCCAGUUAGCAACCCCAAACAUGCUUCUUCAUGAGAGUAAUGACACAAACAAUUAGAUUCUCACAAGCAUGCCAGGGGUCUUUUAUGUCAUGGAAAAUACAGCCAAAAAAGUGACAUGCCUUUGUUGCUCAGUGCUAAAUGCCGGUUCCCAACCAUGUUAAAUGGCACUUUAAUACAUUCAUUGCUAGCCAUGAUGGGACCAUAGGGGGAAAAAUAUGUCAGAACCCCCUCCCUCAAUGUCAACUAUCCAGAUCUCUUGUUUCCAUGGCUUGGAUGGGGCAGAGAAGAGGCUGUUUUUUCUGGACUUGCAUAGCAUGAUGAUUGCUCAUCUCUGCUCUGAUGUUCCCUUACACUGUGAUUGGGUCUUUGCUUAUCUCUCUGAUAAGGUGCCCUUCUAUGCUGAACACUGUGAACACAUAGAGGAUCAUGUAGUGGUAGAAAUAUUUUCAGGCCUUGAAGAGAAGAUGACAACUGGUUUACCUCUGUGUGUGCCAAAGCGAUUGGUCGUGUGGGGUUCUGUCACUCUCAAAAAAAAGACAAUGUUUGUUUCAUUUGUCAUUUACUAGUGCUUCUUGUGGAGAUGUGCAUUCCAGUGUUGUGUUCGGAACACUAAAACAGCAAGCCUAGCCUAGUUGGCACUGUGGUUACGACUGGUUUACUAUGGAGCAUCUGGAUCACAUCCCUGAGAAAUAACAGUUGUUUUUAGAGGGUUUUUUGGUGGGGGUGGGGGGGGGGUUCUGCACAUGUGUGCUUUACAUACCUGUCAGUGUUUACGACCCUUUGAUUAAUUUCUGAUUUACUGGAGCUUGCUUUGUUUUACCUGGAUUGACUGUGCAGUGUCUGUUGCCAUUACCACGUCGUUGUAACCUUUAACCUUUCAAACCUUUGUGUCAAUUUGCAAUGUCUUGUUUCUCAUAUUUUUCUAUUAUAAAUUAUUUAAGAACAAAGAAUAUUAAGGUGUCAUACGGAAUUGUCUUUGUAUGUCUAUUGACCUGGCAUUAUUUAUUGAUUUGUACAUAGAAAUGUUGUGCCUCUUAUGUAAUUAUAGAUGAAUAUAUAUAGGCUGCCCAUGUAUAUAUAAAUAAACAUACAUCUACAAAAGUAAAUUCUCAUUGAAAUGUGCUAUUUGGGUGUAGGUUUAUGAGGUGAGAACUAGAAGAUGGCUUCUACCUUGGCUCAUACAAUGGAUUACAAAGAUCUUAUAGUUCCAUUCCUUGUGCUGUCACCCUCACCUACCUGAUAUCUGGCCAGCAGGGAACAGGUCAAACCACAUCAAGCCACCUCUGAACUGAAAUAAAGAAUACAUGCAAUACA